CCGGAAUAUCGCAUUCGAACCUCAGCCUGGCACGGCGGCAACUUCACUCUCAAGCAUCUCCGACAGCCUCACCGCGAGACCGCUCGACACUUCUGUCAUGAGCGCCCUCGCUGAUCACGUGCGGCCCUCAGCGGCGCAGUAACUUUUCUGGACGGAUUUCACACCUCGACUUCCCUGGCGCCUUCCAUCGCGGCGAACUUGCAAACAACGGCGCGACAAUCGGCACGAUGCCACACGCCAUCGAGGAUGAGGCCAUGGGCGGAGUGGACGAGGAUGCGGCUGUCGCGCAGUACCUGCGAGAACACGAGGAGGGCUUUGAGGCGGCCGAUCUCCAGUUUGAUCAGACAGACAAGGCCGACGAUGCGGUCGAUUAUGAGGACUUUAGCGACGAUGAUCUACCAGAGGAGCAAGAGCCAGAGGGCAAGAUAGAGGAGUCCACCGAGGACGGAUAUCUUCUCAGACAGCUGGGAGACUUCAAUGCGCAGUCAGAACAGCCGGCAACGAGCGGUCUUCAUGACCUGAGCGAGCAUGAUCUCUUCGGCGAGACCGAUGAGAAUAACGAUCUCUUUGGCGAGCACCUGUCAUCUCCAGAAGUGGAGCGUCAUGCUCCACUCUCUACAGCCCAGCAGCAACCGAGCGGACUGGCUCUGCCCUCGAAGUCUGCCCUCGCGCUUCCCACGUAUCAGCCAAUGCGCAAGUCAUCUCAAGCCAGCUCAUCGUCCAUCAGUCCUCCCCCAUUUCCGGAUCGCGGGUACGCUGCACUGUCCCCUACCAGCAUGACGUCCGAGGAUGAGGACCACGAUCUCGACCCACAGGUAGUCCUUCAGCGGUCGCUAUUCAAAGCCUCGAAGCUGCGGACUGCCGGAGACGAUGAAGAUCAUUUAUCACGCGAACCAGACUGGCAUACCUUCUAUUCACUCUAUCCUGGGUAUGAAAAAUCUCAGGCGCCACGCUUCGUUGACCUUUUCCCGCCACGAGCCGUUGAAUUCAAGGGAAAGGCACCGCUCAAGCCUCCUAGGGUCAUUGUGCCUACCAAACUCUCUCUCGAUUUGCUUCAUGAUCAAGAGCGAGGCUUCAAGGCACUGGCUGCUAGCAACAAGUCCAAACAAGACAGCACGUUCAAUAAUAGCCUGGUGCCGCUCGCAAACCGAUAUACCGCGGACAGUGAGAGCGAUGACGAACUCACCUUCAGCGAGCUCGACGAGACUGAGCGUGUCGGUAACCUUACAAUGCAUGACCUGGCGCUAAUCUGCCAAGACUGGGAGAUUCCAAGUAUCCACUCGGAUGCUGAGUCUCAGGCAGACAUCGAUACGGACACCACACAAGGUGACUGGGACUUGAAUGAACAGGCUCGUCCAAACAAGAGGCGACGAGUAGAUGCUCUCAGACCAAGUGCAUUGCGCGAGUUGCACUUUUCCUUCGAAUAUCCAGAACGCACCACGGCCAAGCUGGCGAAGUCCGUUGCCUUGGACCUCAACGAUCCGCAUUUACUCAUCGACGAACAUGCCCCUCAGACGAAACGUAAACUUCAGCGCGUGCCAGGUGACUCGAAGCGCGAUAGCGCUGUCAAUCGGGAUCUUGCCAAGCGCUACAAUAUCAGCAACGAUCAAGCCUACGAUUUACUCAAGGAAAACCAUCAACACAAGGUUCGCAGCACGCUGGGCAGUAUGGCUGUCGAGCAUAGCUAUCCUGCAGCCAAACUCCAGUUUCCAUUUUACAAAGUCAAUCUCGAUCCCAAAGCCAAACGUGCCUUUCAUCGCCCUCACUUGGAGCUCAAGCAGCAGCCUGGAACACGCGAAUAUCGCUUCACCAAACCGAAACAUAUCAAGAGAAAGCACGUUCGUGGCCGAGAAGCCAAGGAAGUCUUUGCAAAGGCAGAAGACCUAUCACUUGGCGAUUCUGCCUCAAUGCUGCUCCUCGAGUAUGCCGAGGAAGCGCCUAUGAUGCUAUCCAACUUCGGCAUGGGCAAUCGCUUGAUCAACUACUACCGUAAACAGCACGCCGAUGACCAGGAACGCGGAGAGAAGAAGGAUAUUGGUGAGGCUCAAGUCCUAUUGACCCAAGACAAGAGCCCAUUUUCCAACUUUGGCCAUGUCGACAAAGGCGAGACUGUACCAACGCUGCAGAACGGGCUUUACCGCGCUCCUGUAUUCAGUCAUGCGCCUAAACAAACCGAUUUCGUGAUUGGUAUUAGCAGUACUUAUGAAGGUGGUGACCGGUUUUUCUUGCGCAACGUGGAAAACCUUCAUGCAGUUGGCCAGCAGUUUCCAUUUGCUGAAGUACCCGGACAGCACUCUCGAAGGGUUACUGAUGCGGCAAAGAAACGCCUGCGCGCGCUUUCCUAUCGCAUUUAUACGAAGUCACUGACCCGCAGGGACAAGGUCCUGGACAAUGCUUCUCUGAUGCCGCACUUGCCUGGACAUGAUAUGCCGCAGACUCGUAGCAAGAUGCGUGAGUUCAUGAAAUAUGAGCGCGUAACGACCCGCGGAGACGGCUCAACGGGAGUGUGGGUACCCCAGCCUGGACAUCCAGUCCCCGAUGCGGAGACGCUGCGUGGCUGGAUCCGUCCAGAAGAUGUCUGCUUGCUGGACUCGAUGCAAGUUGGUGUGCAACACUUGACGGAUCUCGGAAUCAGUGAAGGCGACAAGGGCGAGGAAGAAAAGGACAUCGACGAAGGGGCGAACAUCGAGUUGCAGCUAGCCCCAUGGCGUGCCAGUAAGAACUUCCUUAAUGCGUGCCAAGGAAAGGCAAUGCUCAAGUUACAUGGUGAUGGCGAUCCGACAGGUCAAGGCCUAGCCUUUAGCUUUGUCAAGACCAGCAUGAAGGGUGGCUUCCAAGCUCAAGGCGAGAGCGUCGAAGACAAAAUCGACAAGCAGAAGCGCAGGGACACUGGCGGUCAUUCUUACAACGUGGCCAAGCAACAGAAGCAGUACGAUGAAUCUAUCAGACGUAUCUGGGAGUCGCAGCGAGCAAGCUUACAGAAACCGGAAGAGAUCUCGGACGACGAUAUGGAGGACGAACCCGAUCGCAGUGCCGAGUACAAUUCUGGCCGUGUGCACACGCCACGCUCAUCGGUGGGCACUCCUGCCGCUUUCUCUGGCCGGCACGAUGACGACUACAUGAGCCAGUUUAGUGGCCAUAGUGCUAGUCGUGGGGACCGGGCUCUGGUCAUCACCCGUAGUCAAGGCAUUGACCAGUUCGGCCAACCACUGCCUGAGGUGACGGAGACCAUCACUAAUCCAGCAGUGAUUCGAGAGUAUCGUAAGAGAGCUUUGCAGAAGGAGUACGCCAAUGCGGAUAUGAAUAAGAUUGUUCCCACUGGCGACUCCGAAAGGGACGCAUUCGCUCGCCGGGAGCUUGAGAAAGAGCUCGCGCGCGUCAAACGCAACCGUGAGAGAAGAGAGGCUCGUGAUCGACUCAAAGCGAGACAGAGAGACCCUACGGCUGCCAACUCGCCGACCGCUGCAGCAGCAUCGCCAGGACCAUCCGACAUGGACGGCCCAGCAUCCACCAUCGACGGCGUGGCCGAGACCAACACUCCACAGAGGGCCAAAGGCCGCAGCAAAGAUGGCACAGCCAGAAAGUGCGCUAACUGCGGCCAAGUGGGCCACAUCAAAACCAAUCGAAAGCUCUGCCCUAUGCUUAAUGGAACGAUGAAAUCCGAGGAUGCUGGUCUGAACGGAGAUAGUUCGUUUGGUGCUGUACCGGCUCCACUCACACUAUAGCCUCUGUCUUCCUUAGGAUCGAUGCGAACGUCUGCCUCGCCAGGGAUUGAAGACCGAACGAUAGAUAGUUCGAACUUGCUCAACGUGAUGAGCCAAUACCAGAUGCGGAAAUUCACAAAAUGAUAGGAAUUAUAGUAAAAAGACGGCAGAACGUGUACCGAGUCCCAACUUUCGUGUUUGUCAGAAACAGAUCAGGCAGGUCAUCGACGGGAUGACCAGUGUUCGUCAUAGAACGCUAUGAUAAAGAUAGCACGCUUCCGAGCGAGACUGCAAUCGAAACAUAUAUGUACC